AUGGAAGCUUUAAAGCUUAAACGAAAAACAGUUAGAUCUGCAUUUACUAGAUUGUUUAAUCAUUUAGAUGAGUCAGCGAAAACGGAAGUAAACAUUGCAGAUGAUUUAGAUUGUUUGGCAACUUUCCAGCUGCUUGGCGAGAAAAAUAAUGAACUUUUGCAAUUAAAUGAAGAUAUUUUGAAUCGUUUGUUGAUGUCUGAAGAAAUAAAUGAAGACGAUAUUGAAAAGGAAUCUCGUUCAGCAGAUGAGUAUUCACUCAAUUUUAAAAGAAUGAGUUUAUUAGUGGAUCGAAAAACUAAUCCCGCUGUUAACGCUGAUACAUCAUCUUCAGUUGGCGGUGAAAAGCGGAAAUUCAAGCUGCCUCGUUUGGAACUGAAGAAAUUUGGCGGGGAAAUUAAAGAUUGGCUGCCAUUUUGGGGACAAUUCAGAAAAAUUGAUGAAGACAACGAUAUCGAUGAAACCGACAAGUUUCAAUAUUUAGUCCAAGCAACUAUCCCGAAUUCCAGAGCGAGGGAAUUAGUUGAAAGUUUUCCCCCUACCUCCGGAAAUUAUUGCAAGGCGAUUGAUUGUCUGAAAUCUAGAUUCGGCAGAGAUGAUUUAUUGGUUGAAUAUUACGUUAGAGAAUUGUUAAAAUUGACACUCGCAUUUAAUCUUAAAGAGAAACAUGUUGAAUUAUCAACUGUUUAUGAUAGACUUGAAACCCAGCUGAGAUCAUUAGAAACUCUUGGCGUUACUACAGCAAAGUAUGCGGCCAUGUUGUUUCCCUUGGUUGAGUCUUGUUUAAGUGAAGAAGUUUUAAGAGCCUGGCGGAGAAAUGAUAGAGGAUUGGAUAGAAAAGAUGACACAAAAGAAUCUCGAUUGGAAAGUUUGAUGAAAUUUUUGAAGAACGAAGUUGAAAAUGAGGACAGGAUAGCUCUUGCUAUGGAAGAACAAUCAUGA